AUGCACAACUGCCGACUAGGCCCCGGCUUCCCUGUAUGGCUUCAAUCUCAAACUGAGCUCGUGUCGGUCACACUUAAGAAUGCUGGACUCUCGGGUCCAAUACCAGAGGAAUGGGUCUUUAAGAUAUCUUCCCAGAUCCAAAGGUUGGAUUUAUCUUCCAAUCAAAUAAGCGGAAAGCUUCCGUUCCGAUUCAACUCUUUUCCGAAUCUACGUUUCAUAGUUUUGAGCCAUAAUCAAUUUGAUGGCACUAUUCCAUCAUCUAUUUGUAGCAUUCAAUCUCUAUUUAACCUUGCUUUGAAUAACAAUCAGUUAUCCGGAGAAUUCCCUAAAGAAUGGAGUUUCUGGAGCAGCAUACUUACUGUGGAUGUCUCAAACAACAAUAUGUCUGGUAAUAUUCCAAGCUCAAUGGGCAUUCCAAGUUCUCUUGGAAUACUAAAGACAGACAACAAUCAUUUUAGCGGAGAAAUUCCUUCUGCCUUCAGUGAUAGGGGCUGGAACUACUCUGGUGAUUUUGAGGUAAUAACUGUGACUGUAAAAGGAAGACCAAGUGAAUACUUCUUACGCAACGAGGUGCUCGUGCUUCUAACCAUUAUUGAUUUUUCGCAUAAUGAUUUAGAAGGUGAAAUUCCUGAAGAAAUCAGCAGUCUCGUUCGAUUAGCUACAUUAAACUUGUCCAUUAAUCAAUUAAGUGGAAAUAUCCCCUCAAGAAUUGGAAACUUGCACUUGCUUGAAACACUUGACCUCUCCCAGAACCAGCUUUCAGGACAGAUUCCACAAAGUCUCGCUUCUCUGACCUUCUUAUCUCACUUGAACUUGUCUUGCAACAACUUGAUCGGAAGAAUUCCUUCGGGCAACCAACUUCAGGCGCUCGAUGAUUCAUCUAUUUAUGAGGGCAAUCCUUCACUCUGUGGAUUUCCUUUUUCAAAUUGCACAGAAGAUGGAGGCAACAUGCAUGAGCAUCAUGAAGCUGAUAAUGAAAAGCUUGGUUUAUAUACCAGCGAGGUGCUUGGCUUUAUCAUAGGCUUUUGGAGUGUUUGUGGCACAUUGAUAUUGAAGAAGUCAUGGAGGUAUGCUUAUUUUCAAUUUUUUGACCACAUCAAAGAGAAAGUAGCACUAGCAAUUGCAUUGAAAGUAGCUCGUUUGAAAGCAAGGCAAUGA